UGUUUGAGCUUGUUGCAAUUGCGCGCGUUUUUUGCAGUGGGACAGGAAAGCUUUUUCCACGCGAGAAGUUCGCGAAUUUCUGUGACUGAAUCGCGUGCGCGUUUACGAAGUCGCGUGCGAGCGUUUCCACUGCGUUUUUUUCGUACGAUUUUUUGGGCAACGAACUGCCAUCGAAAUAGAAAUGGAAAUUGAAAUGAAAAUGGGACACAAAAUGGAAAUGGACAUUGAGAGGCAAAUGAAAAUGAAAAUGAUAAUCCCGCCUGCAUCUGGCGCUCAAACCUAAUCUCUUACUGUGCGGCUACCUUACAAAUAGUGCUCGUAAAAAGUCUGGCAACAGUAAAAGCAAUUCAGUGUGGCCAUAAAACCAAAUCAAGGUAGUUAUAGUAGUAGUAGAAUACGCUCAACCGUAUAUGCGGAAUAUAUACAAAUAGUGUACAAUGCCUAUAGCACUAUGCCGCGAUAAGAUCGGGCUGAACAUAUGUCUGUGCAUACGUAUGCGUAUAAAGUAAUAUCCACAAAAGAGAGACAAACUCGUUUCGAGCAUAUAAAGAAAUAAAUAAAAAAUCAAAUUAAAUUAAACUCACUUUUAAUUACUGGCUGCCCAAAAGAUCACAUAAAGAGCGUGCAAUAAAAAAUAUUGGUAUCACUAAAUUAAUUAUAUUGUAUAUAGAGAAACAUGUUGCAAUAAAGCGAUCUUAACGAUUCACAAAUAAAGAAACAGAGGCUCUAAUUCAGCUCCGCACAGUUCGAUCCCGCUUCGGCUACCAAUUCCCGCUAACGCCUCGCCGCUUCCAAUCGUUCAGUGUUCGCGUGGAGCUGAAACAAAAGACUUGGGCAACGAACUUGCUGCCAUUUGGUGGUGUCGUUUGUCGUUUUUUUAUAUUUUGUCGAGCUGCACACAACAAAACACAUAAACACAAACACACACCCCAUCGAACAUACACACAUACACCAGAUAACGGCGCUUCGGGCGCCUCCGAAUCACCGAGUGAUAGCAGCGGCAGCAGCAGGCCCCACCAGAUCCCAACGAACUAAUUGACAACUCAAAUCCUGCCAAACAACGAAACGGCAGAAAAAACAAUUGUUAAACAACGUUUCGCCUGCCAGUCGGAUUGUCGGAUUGUCGGCCUACCCCACUGGGGGGACACUUCACAUUCGACUUCAGCUUCAGCUUCAGCUCCAUCUCCAGCGUCAGCUACGGCUCCAGCUUCAACUUCAGUUUCAACUUCAAUCAAAUCGCUGCCCCAACGACAAUUGCAAAGUGUGCCUCUUAAUGCAUUUUACCCGCAACCACAAACACACAUUCAAACAAACAAACAAACAAACAACAAAACAAAAAAAGAAGUUGAAAUAAAUUUACAUAAAUAUUUCACUUGCCAGUUUUUGCCAGUCCACGUCCACAUCCGCGUUUCAAGAGAUUGAGCCUGGAUAGGCAACAGUGUGUGUGUGUGCGUGUGAAUCUGUGUAUGUGUGUGAGUGGAGUGUCCCGUUCGCAUCUGUAUCUGGAUUCGAUCCGUGCCUUAAACCAUUCAUCGCUCAACCAUCGCAUCGCAGCGCAGCAGAGAUUCGGCCCAGCAUCAAGAGAUCUUCCAAGUCUGCCCCGCCCCAAGUGCACUGGCUGGCAUUUCCUGCGCACAGCACACGGCAUUCUUCCUGCUCCGCUUGGGGGAGCCAAAUUAACCAACACUGACAACCAUUGCGCAUUAGCCCACACUUGUCGAAUUAAGGCGCUACUCUGGCGCUUCAGGCUCAACAAAUGAUCGGCACUGAGGAUAUGUCCGCGUCGGCUGGCAUGGAUAUAAGCGAAUCCUUUCGUGCCGAGGAUCUCUCCAAGGCGGACUUCUUCGACUUUGUCACUGGCCCCGACAUGGGCAUCGGCAUUGGUGUGGGCGUCGACUCAUUGGGCGUCAGCCUGCACCAACAGCAGCAGCAGCAGCAGCAGCAGCAGCAGCAGCACCAUCAGCCCCACCAGCAGCAGCAGCACCACAGUCAGCACAACAGUCACACCGCCAGCCACGUUCAAGUGGUGCACCAGCCAGCCAUCUCCAUCUCCACCCAAUCGCCGCAGCAGGCCCUGUGUGGCGGUGGUGCGAGAACCAACAGCAGCAUGAUCCACGAUGGUGGGGGAGGUGGUGCAGGCGGAGGGGGAGGCGGCAUUGUGGUGCCCGUGGGCAAUCGAAAUGGCAGCAGCAAUGGAGGCGAUCCCACGUUACAGGGCUAUGAGUUCUGGCACCAAGACAAGGACAGCAGUCGCCUCGAUUCCACCUCCAUAUUCGAGGAUCUGGAUCGUUACUGCUGGCAGCAGCAGCCGAUCACUGCCAGCGCCGGUAAUAGUGGAGCCACCAGCACCAACCAGCCCAGUCCCACAUCUCCUCAGUCGCAUCACCACCAGCAGCAGCAGCAGCAGCAUCCACAUCCACACCAACAGCAGCAGCAGCAGCAGCAGCAGCAGACAAAUCCCAGCAGUUCCUCGGCCGCCUCCAGUGGGGCGGGCAGCAGCAGCGACACCAUCAGCAGCCUGGACACCACCGACGGACAGAUCUACACCCUGACAGUAUUAAACGGCGGGGAGCCCUGGCUCAAGCGCUCAGAGGCAGAGCAGCUGCCGAGUUCCCUGGAUCUAGACAGUCUCCUGGGCAGCUUUCCGGGUUACAUCAAGUCGGAGUAUCCGUACGACGACAGCGGCUUCAGCACAGACGGCAAGGAUGUGCUCGUGAAUGGGGCAGAUGCCAAUGGUCUCAGCAGUAUUUCCCAGGUCCCCUCCCAGACGCUGCCCUCGCUCGUCACGGCCAUCUCCAUUGCGGGGGGCAAUGACUUGGGGCAGCAGUUGGCCCAGUUCCAGAACAAUAACAACGACUGGCAUAUGGCCGAUCACAAUGCCGACACGGAGCAGAGCACGGCGGAGUCGCUGCUGCGGAGUGCGCUCCAGGGCAAGGGAUACGCCAAGGGUCUGCAUAUGCAGAACGGUCUGGCCAUGCCCGUCGUCAAGGAGGAGGACAUGCGACGGCUGCUCUUCACGGACGAUGCUGCCGAUGCUCUGGGCUUUGCCGACUCCACGCUGAGUGCCGCCCAAAUGUUUGACGAGGCUCAGGGCAUGGCUGGUGUCCAUCUCACAUCCCAGCAGCAGCAGCAGCAGCAGGUGCAACAGCAACAGCAGCACAAUGGCAACGCCAACAUCAUUGUGGACGACAUGUUCCUGUCGCUGGAGAACGCCUUCAGCGAUGAUUUUGAGAAGAUCAAGCGGAUCGCCAAUGAGGUGCAGCAGUUCUGCACCGGAGGCUCCUCCACGCCCACGCCUGGCGCGGAUUACAGCAGUGCCAGCGAUGUCCUCAUGCAAAUCUCACCGAAUGCGACGGCAAUCGCGACGGCCAAUCAGCUGCAGCCGCCGCAGCCUUUAAAGCCGGAAGUGAGCACAUCCACACCGCCCACGGGUGGAGCUGCCUCAGCCGCCACUCAUCCGUCUGGCAGAUCGGGCAGUGGCAUCUCAAAGCCCAAGAAGCAGUACAAACGGAGCAGCAGCUGCAGCACCAGCAGCAGCAACAACAAUAAUCCAAAUGUGGCUAACAACAACAACAGCAGCAGCGGAGGAGGAGGGGUAGGGGGAGGAGCACUGGGCGUGGUCAUGGGCAGCAGUGCGGGAAGUGGCAGCUCCUCCUCCAGCGGCAGUGCCAGCAGCAGCAGCAACAGUCCGCCCGCCAACUCCAGCGGCUCCGGCUCCUCCGCCAGUGGACAGCGAAAGGAGCGCUCCCUGCACUAUUGCUCCAUCUGCUCGAAGGGAUUCAAGGACAAGUACUCGGUGAACGUCCACAUACGCACGCACACGGGCGAGAAGCCCUUCGCCUGCUCCCUGUGCGGCAAGAGCUUCCGGCAGAAGGCGCACCUGGCCAAGCACUACCAGACGCACAUGACCCAGAAGAACAAUGGAAACCUGAUCAAAGGCAGCUCCUCCAAGCACCAGAGAUCCAGUGGCGGAUCAUCUGCGGCAGCCGCAGCAGCAGCAGCGGCCGCAGCGGCAGCGGCAGCCUCCAUCAAUCAGCAGCGGCAGAUGACCCCAUCACUGCCGGGGAUGAUCAGCAAUCCGAACACACCGCCCGGCAUCCUGCCCCCAGCGAAUGGUCUGCUCACGAAUCGGUAGUUCCACGUAGCAGAGGUACCCGCAAAACGAAACUAUUUCUUGUUCCUUACUCACAAAACACACACAAACACACAAUGACAAAAGCUAUAAAACUACUACUCGAAUACACACACACACACACACACACACACUCCUGGAGGGACCUCUCCAGAUGGUCCACUCCGCCUCGAAUUUAUGUCAUUGAAGAAUUCCUAUAUUCAGCUUUCUGUGCAAUUCCUAUACCUAUACCAACACUCGAAGCACUUCCAAAUAAAAUACUCAACUUAAUGUACAUUUAAUGCCUAAACACAACCACAAAUUAAAUUUAAAUGUGCCAAAUUUUGAAGAUUUUAAUUAAUGCUACUACCAGAUAGAAUCUACAACUAAACUAAAUAGAGAUACGAACAUUUAAGCGUAAUAAUCAAGCUAAUGAAGCAAUUCUACGCGUGGUGAUAUCAAAAUGAGGCCAAACGCUUCCCUGCUAAAAGAAAUACUUGUGUACUCCCCGUCCGACAUCCAAACUUUAUUCUCAUUCUCCAAGAACGUUGCGUUUCGUGUUUUUUUUUUUCCUGUAAAUUAAAAGUAUUUUGUUUUCUUAGUUGCAUUGCCCAAAUUAGCAGAAUUUUGUUUGCUAGUGUAAAUGUAAAUAAUUAUUGAGUUAAUUAACUAAUUAUAUUGAAUUAGUUUCUAAUUAGUUUCCAGCUAAGGGAAUGCCAAAUGCUUGAGAUCAAAGUUCAAGAACACUGACCCAGGGCCAGUCUUUAUGUGUUUUUUUCCUGCCAAGUACUUUCCAGAAUUUCUCUCCUCCUUCAAGGAUCUCUUUGAUCUCUUGGGCCCCUCCCAGUGUUCGCAGACUUCGAAGCGGCAUUCUGCUUAAGUAGACGAGGGCACAAGUAAAAUUAAUCUAUAAACAAAUAAACAAUCAACGCGUUCCAGCAGCUGUCGAAACGAAUGCGUAAAACUCAACAUGCACUUGCCAUUAUUUUUGUAUUUGAUAAAAAUAAAUUGAUAUAAUAAAACAAAUAAUAAUACAAAUAGUGCCCUUAAAUGUAUAGAAAACGAUGAAGAGAGAAAGACAGAGAGAAGUAAGCGUUGGUUAAGCUUAAACUAAUGGUUAAUUAAACUGCCAAUUAUUUUGUGAUAGUUUUUAAAAAUUAAAUUCCAUUAAUAAUAUAUUAUUAUAUGUAUAUGUAAGUGCAUAUCUUCAAUGGUGUUUGGGUUAUGUAACAUUUAAUCGAUUUGUUAUAAACUGUGUGUAAACUUUUUGCAAUACGAGUAGUAUUUCUUCUUCUAAUUUAUUGAAUUUAAUGGUUAUAUGUACAUACGACAUACGACAGUCCGUUGAGCAAGGGGGAGAGGAGAGGUCGUUCGAUCCUUGUUUUAUAUUGAAGCCUAGGCUAAGCCACAAACACAUCAACAGAAAAUCUUAGUUAAAUCUUUGUUAGUUAAUAUUUAUGCACACACACACACACACAUAUCCAUUU